GUCAGCGGGAGAGUAUUAUGGGCUGUCGAGCGCUGGCUGCUGCUUUUCUGCUCCUGGAAGCGGCCGAGGGGGGAAGCGGCGAGUCAACAUGGAGCUCUCGGCGGUGGGGGAGCGGGUGUUCGCGGCCGAAGCCCUCCUGAAGAGGCGCAUUCGCAAAGGACGCAUGGAAUACCUCGUGAAAUGGAAGGGCUGGUCGCAGAAGUACAGCACGUGGGAGCCCGAAGAAAAUAUCCUGGAUGCUCGCCUGCUUGCGGCCUUUGAGGAAAGGGAACGGGAGAUGGAGCUCUAUGGCCCCAAAAAGCGAGGACCCAAGCCCAAAACCUUUCUUCUCAAGGCCCAGGCCAAGGCAAAGGCCAAAACGUAUGAAUUCAGAAGUGAUUCUGCCAGAGGCAUCCGGAUCCCUUACCCAGGCCGAUCACCCCAGGAUUUGGCAUCUACUUCCAGGGCCCGAGAGGGCCUUCGGAACACAGGCCUAUCCCCACCAGGGAGCAGCACCAGUGCCUGCAGGGCAGACUCUCCUCGGGACCACCGAGAUCGGGAUCGAGAUCGAGAAAGAGGUGCUGGUGGUCGUGUAGAUGACAAGCCCAGCUCACCGGGGGACAGUUCCAAGAAGCGAGGACCCAAGCCCCGGAAGGAGCUCCUGGACCCUUCACAGAGGCCCUUGGGAGAGCCCAGUGAUGGCCUUGGAGAAUACCUCAAAGGCAGGAAGCUGGAAGACACCUCUUCUGGGACAGGAAAAUUCCCAGUCGGCCACAGUGUGAUCCAGCUUGCUCGAAGGCAGGACUCAGACCUGGUACAAUAUGGUGUGACUAGUCCUAGCUCAGCAGAGGCCUCGGGCAAGUUGGCCGUGGACACCUUUCCAGCCAGGGUGAUAAAGCACAGGGCUGCUUUCCUGGAGGCCAAAGGCCAAGGUACCCUGGAUCCUGGUGGCCCCAGGGUCCGACACAGUUCAGGUACCCCAGGCUCAGUGGGGAGCCUCUAUCGGGACAUGGGGGCUCAAGGGGGAAGGCCCUCCCUCAUCGCCAGGAUCCCAGUGGCCAGAAUCCUGGGGGACCCAGAGGAAGAGUCUUGGAGCCCCUCCCUGACUAACCUGGAGAAGGUGGUUGUCACAGACGUGACCUCAAACUUUUUGACCGUCACCAUUAAGGAGAGUAACACGGACCAAGGCUUCUUCAAGGAGAAAAGAUGAAUUCCUGGGGUGGGGAUGGGGAGCCCAGGGCCAGAGCAGGCCUAGAGUGAGCUCAAAUGUGGCUUUAGUGCUUUUUUAAUUUCUGGGUGGCUGUGGCCUUCUGACUGGUCCUGUCCUUAACUUCACACCUUCUUCCCUGAGUCCCUUUCAUUCCCCCUUUCUCAGUUCUGGUUGAAAACUAUCUAGAGUUCUAUUUUCUAUUAGAUGUAAAUAUGUUAUUUAAGAAAAAUAUCUAAAUAUAUAUAUUUCAACUCUUGAAGUUCUUUUAUUUAAACAAGGAGAGAGAGAGAUUGUGGUUUGGUAGGGGCAGACAGACUGAGUCGGUACAGGAGGGGACCUGUCCCGCAGGGCACUACGAAAGUUGGGGGCCUGGGCACCGGGAUUCUGGAAGGAGAGUGAGGCCUGCCCACUGCCUCCUUCCACGGCCGGGUUCCCAGUGCCAGACUCCUGGCACCCAGGCAGGAUUUUUGCUCUCCUUCCCAUUGGCCAGCUAGGCCAACAAAAGGUUGGCUUCCCAAUCAGAAAAAGGGGGGUGGGGUCAGCCCAGUUUUCUUUUUUCUAUUUUCUUGCUUCUUUCCCUCUCUCUUUUUCUUUUUAAAGAUUAAGGUGUCUAUUAGGGGAAAAACUAUUAACUUAAAUAACUUUUUUUCGCGCGUGUUGUUGAAGGUAAAAAAAGAAAAAAGUCGGAGUGGGUGGGGCUCAGUUCUCCCAUGACCACACAAGGAGAUGCACUUUAAGGGGGGUUUGAGUGCCGUACACACGGAUUGUGUGUAUGUGUCAUGUGGACAAAAAAUCUCCCCGUCCCCUCGAUUCCUUCCCUUUCCAGAGAGAAAAAGAAAUCCAGCGAAUUUGUUUACAUUCCCGAAAUGCCAGGAUAUAUUGGGAGGAUUGCGUGUCAGUGCCCAGAGCACCAGACAGUUGUUUUACAAGAAAAAUCUUCAGGCGGCCUUUUCCUUUGCGAGUUCUCUAGCUUUGUCAGAAGACAGGGCGGCCCACCUCCCAGGAAGACUUGGACAAGCUUGGUGCGUCAGGGGAGGGUGGGCCCUGCUCUCCAAAGGACGAACGGCCGACCGGCGGCCUGGCCACCCCGCGGGCCUGGCAGCGGGCUGCGCACCAGGCUGGUCGGCGUUGGGCGCAGGGGUCGCAGCCUGAGUGGAACUUGGCCAGGUGGGGCUCGGGAUGGAAGGGAUCAGCUUGGUUCCCAUCCAAGAAUGUGCAUUAGAAGUUUAGUUUCCCCUCACCUUUCCCCUUUCUUAAAAGUAAAAGCUGUAAUUUAUAGUCCUUCUCGAUUCUCGGAGUGUUCGCUAAAUGAACUCGACUCGACGUUCAGACACCGCGGAAGGGGGCAGGGGAGCGCGAGGUGGAGGGGGCACGACCGGGGACGACAGUCGCCCCGCGACCCUCUGCGCCCCUGGACCUGGCUCACUCCGGACAGCGCCACGCGCAGCUCGGACUCAAAAGCACAAAUCUGUCCCCCAGCCUAGGUCGCCCCUUUCAGCAGGGAUCUUUCGGCCUCUCCGCCCUCCCCGCCCUUAAAGGGCCAGCAGGCGAUCUAACUUCGAGGGCGUUUGCAGGGAGAGGCAUGAGACUCUGCUUGCGGGACAAAGCACAGACUUGGGAGUUAGGGGGCUCUGGGCUGGGUUAGAGAAGCUUGGUCAUGGGGAGAUGCUGAAAGGGACCCCAGCCUCGGCCUCCGUACUCCAGGUACUCCAGGCUCCUCACUUCCCAGCGCCUCAGUCUCUCUUCCCUCCAGACUUUGCCUUUAAGUAGAGGGAGAAAAAAGGAAGAAAAAAAAAAAACGCGGUGUAUUCUAUGUGUGUUUGUUUUUGAAAAUCAAUUUGCGCCUAAAAGAGAAGCCCCUGGACUGGGGAUUUUUAUCUGCUCAUAUUUGUAAAAACUGGUGUUUUCGACUUUGUAUAAAGAAGCGCCGUUGACUGUGUGUCUGUCUAGAAGUCGACCCUAUUUUCUGGUAAGCCUGAUUUGGAGGGUAUGUCUGUGACCGAGUGACCGUAACUCUGGGACCUGGGACCGGAGUCCCUUACCUGACUGCCGACUUCCUCUCUCUCCUCUCCUUCUUUGCUCGAACCUUCCUUCCCUCCAGCCUUCUUGGUUCUGCCCUCACUGCCCCUCGCCCUGCCAUCUGUCCAAGGCCGUUGUGUGUGUCUCCUUAGCUCGCUCUUGAGGGGCUGACCUGGGGGGGUGGGGUGGGCAGGGGUCUGGGGCCACGUGGCUCUGAUUCUGCAACCGUGGAUGGGCAGAACCCGUGUUUAUGAAUUCUCAGAUGUGUACAAAUCUCGAAUUGAUCGCCACCUCAGUUCAAGAGUGAAACUUCGGUAUCCUAUCUACAUGGGUUGUGAAUGUGUCUGUAUCCAGUAUCGCUUUUUAUGUGUUUAAAAUAUAUACUUUGUAAAUAGA